GCCCUUUAAGCAUAUUCCCCCGCCAGCGUGGCGGGCUAGAAGCCAAUAGGAGCUCGUCUCCUAUCCCCGCCUUAUCUCACAGCAUUCUAUCACAACUUAAUCGCAGCCUCUUCUUCUCACCGAGAGUUUUGCUCGAGGAUCCGCCAUGGCAGCAGCAGCUAUGGUGAAAGUUGGAGCAGCAUCGAGCCCGGCAAUCGCCCCGCCAAAGUUCUCGCGGCGAGCUCCAUCGCCCACUAAGUCAGCCUUCCUGGCGAAUCUCAAGCCGCCGGUUGGUCUCUUCGGCAGUGGCAAAUGCAGGAGAAGCGCUCUCGUCGUUCGAGCAGCCAGUGACAAGUACCAAGUGAUCGAGCCUCUAAACGGAGAUCCCUUCGUUGGCGGACUGGAAACUCCCGUCACUUCCAGUCCCCUCAUCGCCUGGUACUUAUCCAACCUUCCAGCCUACAGAACUUCCGUGAGCCCGCUGCUACGAGGCAUAGAGGUCGGCCUUGCUCACGGCUUCUUCCUCGUCGGUCCCUUUGUAAAAACCGGGCCUCUUCGCAACAGUGAAGUUGCCGGAGAGGCUGGCGCGCUCGCGGCAGCCGGGCUCGUUGCCAUCCUCUCGGUCUGCCUCACCAUCUACGGCAUUGCAACGUUUAAGGAGGGAGCAGCAUCAACAGCACCAACGCUUACACUGACCGGACGUAAGAAGGAGGCUGAUAAGCUCCAGACCGCCGAGGGAUGGGCCAGCUUUUCCGGGGGCUGGUUCUUUGGAGGUCUCUCCGGCGUUGCAUGGGCUUACAUCUGCUUGUACGUGUUCAAGAUCCCCUACCCGGUGUAAAAACUUGUCCUUUCAAACAUCUUGCGCUUCAUGGAUUCACUCUCUUUCGUUCCGGAAUCCUUGGAGACCUGUACAGGGAAACUGAAGCAACGUUUCCCACUGAUCAGGUGAUGUGCAUUUGGAAAAAAAAACAAGAGAUACCUGAUUAUUGUAGCA